AUGGUUUUGUAUGUAACAACAUGUACCCAUUCUGCUGAAGACCCAGUAUGCAGAAUUCAAGAAAAUUUUGAUCUACAGGGGUUAUAUAAAAAAGGUGAUAUUAUGCUAGGAGGAAUAUUUGAAGUGAGUUUGAAAACAAUUGUGCCAGAUCUAUCUUUUCAUUCUAAACCCGAGAGGUGGAAUUGUGAGAGUUUGGAUUUUUCUGUAUUUCAGUGGGCAUUGACAAUGGCGUUUGCAAUUGAGGAAAUAAACAGAGACCCUACUAUUCUUCCUAAUAUCACAUUAGGAUAUAGGCUCUUUGAUAACUGCAUGACACUGCAAGUUGCUUUACGGGCAGCAACUACCCUCAUUACUGGCAUGGAUAAGGUCUUAAUGGAGUCUGACUGUAACGGACCUCCGCCUGUUGUUGCCAUUAUUGGUGAUCCUCUGUCCUCACAUUCUAUCGCCAUAUCAAGAAUACUGGGGCUGUUUCGUUUGCCAAUGGUCAGCUACUAUGCUACAUGCUCCUGCUUAAGUAAUAAACUGGAAUAUCCAUCAUUUUUUAGAACUGUACCCAGUGAUGCCUUUCAGGUCAAAGCAAUGGUUCAACUUAUGAAACAUUAUGGCUGGUCCUGGGUAGGCAUUAUUGCAACUGAAGAUGACUAUGGACAGUACGCUGCAAAAAGCUUUCAAGAAGAAAUGAACAAGUUUGGGUGCAUUGCAUUCAUUGAAAAUCUGCCUGUCAUCAGCGAAAGAACAAAAAUCCUUCAAGUUGUUAAUACUAUCAAAUACUCAACAGCAAAGGUGAUUGUGCUAUUUUCAACAAGAGUUGAUGAUUUGGUAAAAGAAAUCACUGAACAAAACAUCACUGGCAGGCAGUGGAUUGCUAGUGAAUCCUGGAGCACCGCCACAGUACUAGCCACAGAAGAAAAUUUUGGAGCAUUUGGUGGAACGUUUGGAAUUGCUGUGCGGAGAGGAGAAAUUCCAGGAUUAAAAAAUUUUCUGCUUCAGAUUAACCCCAAUCCUGUUUCAAUGCAAAAUUUGGCAACCAGAUUUUGGGAAAAAAUGUUUGACUGUGAAUUUAAGAAAAAUUCAAGUAUAAACAAUUCCUCUGCUUUGCCCGAAGUCAAGUAUUGCACAGGAUCUGAGGAUGUUAGAAGCAAGCAGACACCUUAUACAGACGUAUCAGAAUCACGGAUUUCUUACAAUAUUUAUAAAGGGGUUUAUGCAUUAGCACAUUCACUUAAUAAGUUAGCAUCCUGUGAAAAUGGAAAAGGACCAUUUGAAAACAAGAGCUGUGCCAGCAUUACAAAUGUUCAACCUUGGCAGCUGAUGCACUACCUGAAAGUCAUCAAUUUCACCACACAUUUAGGAGAAAGAGUGGCAUUUGAUAAAAAUGGAGAUGCCCUAGCAAUUUAUGACAUAGUGAACUGGCAGCGAGACGGCAGUGGGAAGAUAGAAAUUAAAACAGUUGGUGUUUAUGAUAAAGCAGCCAUCACUGGCCAGGAUCUAACACUAAAUGAAGGGGACAUAUUUUGGAACUUUCCUUCUGGCUCAAUUCCAGAUUCUGUCUGCAGUCAAAGUUGUCUACCAGGCUCAAGGAAGGCUAACAAAAAAGGACAGCCAGUGUGCUGUUUUGAUUGUGUCCUAUGUGCAGAGGGGGAAAUUAGCACCCAAGUAGAUUCCCCAGAAUGUUUCAAGUGCCCUCCUGAUUUUUGGUCAAAUCAAGAAAGAAACAGGUGUCUGAUGAAACAAAUUGAAUUUCUUUCUUAUGAGGAGACUAUGGGAAUCAUUCUGGCAGCUUCAGCGAUAUUUGGAAGUUGCCUAUCAUUUGGCGUACUAAUUGUUUUUGUUUAUAAUCGACACACUCCAGUAGUUAAAGCCAAUAAUUCUGAACUGAGUUUUCUUUUACUGGUAUCACUAAGCCUAUGCUUUCUGUGUUCACUAUGCUUUAUUGGUCAGCCGUCACAGCUCAACUGUUUGCUGAGGCAUAUCAUUUUUGGAAUCAGUUUUAUUAUGUGUAUUUCAUGUAUUCUUGUUAAAACUGUGGUUGUGAUAAUGGCAUUUAAAGCCACACUACCUGGUAAUAACAUGAUGAAAUGGUUUGGUGUUGCUCAACAAAGAGGCACUGUCUUUAUUUUUACUGCUAUACAAUCCAUAAUAUGCAUAAUCUGGCUUAUAACAGCUCCACCUGCUCCCAGUAAAAACACCAAGUAUCAAAAUGCUAAAAUUAUAUUUGAGUGUGACAUUGGGUCAGUAGCUGGCUUCAGCUUUUUACUGGGCUACAUUGGCCUGCUCUCGCUCGUUUGUUUUGUCUUAGCUUUUCUUGCAAGAAAUCUUCCUGAUACCUUUAAUGAAGCUAAAUUCAUAACUUUCAGCAUGCUGAUUUUUUGUUCUGUUUGGAUAAGUUUUAUUCCUGCUUAUAUUAGUUCUCCAGGAAAAUAUACAGUGGCUGUGGAAAUAUUUGCAAUAUUAGCUUCAAGCUUCGGUUUACUUCUGUCAAUAUUUGCUCCAAAAUGUUACAUUAUUCUGUUGAAACCAGAAAAAAACACAAAAAAAGCUCUUAUGGGAAAAUCUGAUAAAAGCUAG